UUGCGGCCUACGCCUUCUUUUCGCGACGUCGGAGUCGCGUUUGCUUUUGAGCAUGUGCAGAGUGCUAAGCGCAGUGUGGUUCUUGGUGGCCACUUAGCUUUGGCUACCCAGGAUUUGAAUUCUCCUGCGGGUUUAGGGACACGGCUGGCAAUCUCAGAGACAAGACAAGACCCUGGCUCCAAAAGCACGGGUUCGAGGAGAGACAGACCCCAGAGACUCGCAGGCUAAAGCGGAAGAUUGCCCAGUCCUGAAGAAGCCUCUUUUGAAGACUCCCAGGACCCCCUUCCCGAGAAGAUGGCUCAAGACCAGCCUUUGCUGGCUGUGCAGGUGGCCCUGAGGAAGUGCUUCCCGGUGGUGGAAGAGCAGCAGGCCCUGUGGCAGAGCACUCUGCAGGGCUGCUCGUCCCUCCUCUCCUCCCUCAGCAGCCUGGCUGAGCAGCUGCAGGCUGCGCAGAAUCUGCGGUUCGAGGACGUGCCGGCCCUUCGACCCUUCCCGGAGUUACAGGAGCGGCUGAGGCGCAAGCAACUGGAGGCUGGCGACAUUGUCCUGGACAAGCUAGCUGAGAGGCUAGCCACCCUCCUCAAGGUUCGAGACACCGUCAGCAGCCAUGUGGAGCGGGUGUUUCAGACCUACGAGCAGCAUUCGGCUGCGCUUGACGUGGAUGCUGUCCUGCAGCCCUCGGUGGUGAGCCCCUCUGUGGCCGACAUGUUGGAGUGGCUGCAAGACAUCGACAGACAUUAUCGAAGGUCGUACCUGAAGAGAAAAUACCUCCUCUCCUCCAUCCACUGGGGAGACUUGGCCAGCAUCCAAGCACUGCCUAACGCCUGGGACCAAAUUUCAGAAGAUGAGUGCCAAACCCUUGUGUCAGAUAUCCUGGUGAGUGUCUCCUUCUUCCUGGAGGAGCCAGGAAGCUGCGCGGUGUCUGGAGAUCUGGGUCCCUGCAGCGGAGCAGCGCUCUCAGCUGUUUCUAAGUGAACGUCAGCACGGCAGCCUGAUGGACUGAGAUACCAGUGCCUAUGGUAGAGGUCCAGGCCAUGUCCGAGGGUCCGUGACCACUGCGUCUGCGGCUCUGGGAGGUGCCUGGGGUGGAGGGAAUAGGAAAGGCAGCGCUGAUAAGCAGUGCCCAUCUCCAUCAGUAGGCUUAAGUGGCAAGGAAGGAAAGGACAGGAGGUAAAGGUCCACAGCUGCCUCUGCUUCUGUGUCAGCUGGAGUACUUGGGUUGACUCAGGUCUUGGUUAUGUGUGUGUCACUAUCUGAGUCCUUAGUGGUUUAAAGGUAGGAGCGGGUCUAGGAGUGCAGGGCAGCAGCAGUGUGUGUGGCACACGUGAAGCCCUCGAUUCAGUCCCUUGCACACCACAAAAGGGAGGGAUUGAAGGAAAGGGAGCAUUUAAAAUGUUUUUCACUUCACAGUAGGAAAUCAAGCCAAUUUCCAUUUCCAAGGCCAGCCACCAGGGGGAGAUGGUGCAGCAUGAGCGGUUCUGAAAGCUUUGUCCUGGAGAGGUCCCCUGUUGUUGUUGAAAGUAACUGAGGGGGGCUGGGGAGAUGGCUCAGUAAUUAGGAACACUGACUGCUCUUCCAGAAAUCCCACAUAGCAGUUCACAGCUGUCUGUAACUCUAGUUCCAGGGGAUCAGACACCCUCACACCAGUGUACA